UUUAUUCCCUUAGAACCAUGGAUGUGCUUACGGCUGUCUUCCCAUUAAAUCAUAAAAAGGCUCUGGCCCAUGGCUCUAGGAAUCGAGUUGUAUAGGGCUCCUAUGUUGAACACUGAUGGGAUUUAGUAAUCGAUUGCUGUUACAGGCAGUAAGGUAACCUUUAUGAAAUAAGAUAAACGACUAUUGGGUCAGAAUAAACAAACAUAGCCUUUAUUAUAUCUCCUUACAAUUGCUGGGAUUGUGUUUGACUCCAUUUUUAUUGGCAUCCAGCCUCUUAGAAACUUAAACAGAAGAAAUCCAAGAAAUUGUGUCCUGAAAGGUGACCUUGAAAAUGUACAAAUGAACAAACUGUAACAACCUCUGACAAGAACGUAUAGAGAUAUCUAACCCUUGAACACAGCAAGGGUCCCACAUAAUGACCUUCUCCUUUCCAGUUUUUUUACAAGAAAAAGUUGUUGGAGAACCAAACUAAAACUUGAGGUUACACAGUAUCAGCUUGUGAGGUGUACAACUAUAUUUUCAUUUAUCCUUUCUUCUAAACUGGUAAUGCUUCCUCUUGCAGCAUGGUGAUCUUCACCUAAACCUACUUUAAUAAUGCAGCUCUCUUCAGUAAAACCUGAACAUUUGAUCUUGUUCAUUUGAUAAGUGGACCAAGUGUGGUCCACUUAUUUCUUAUACCCCCCCUUGAACCACUCCCUCUUUCCCUGGUAUCUUUACUUAGGGAUAGCACAGGCCUGCCCACCAGCAUUUGCCCCUGUCAGUCAGUCUGACUGCCCCCCUUCAUCUCAGCUUACCUCUUUUUCUGUCGCUCUCACAUUAGUCCUGUCUGUGCCUCCACCAUCGACCAGUUACUGACGGCUCUCCGUUCAGAGUAUUACAGCAGUCUUAAUUCAUCUUAUGUGCUACACUGGAGUAAAAGACAAAGUCUUAAAGUGGCUCCAGAUUCAAGGCUAGGCCACCAGCUUUCUCUGGGAUAUUCUUUCCAGGACAUUGUUGCAAGUAUCUAGGUUUCAGCUGGGACUAUAAUCUCUGGACAGAACCUUGCUUGUUGGAUGCUCAUUGCUUGGGUUCAUUACCAACUGUCCUGUUGUAUUACUGUAUAGCUCUGAGUGGGGUUUAAUCUUUCAGGCUGAGCGUGUUGUGGGCAGAUAGGCACAGAAGCUGCAGUGCUGGACUCCUGCAGUGAUUCCAGGUUAUUUUCACCUUAGUUGACUAAACCUUGGCUGCUAACAUGGCCUCAUUAAGAAGUUUGAUCCUCGCAAUGCUGCUUGCACUGCUCUGCUCCUUCCACACACCACUGGCACCCUCUGCAAAGGCCCAAGAUCUGCCAUUCCAGUCUGAGGAGGGUCUGAUGGCUGAUGAUGAUGAUGAUGACAACGGCAACGACGAUGAUGAUGAUGACGAUGAUGAUGAAGAUGACGACGAUAACGACGACGAUGAUGACGACGAUGAUGAUGAUGACGACGGUGAUAACGACGACGAUGAUGACAAUGAUGACGACGACGAUGAUGACAAUGAUGACGACGAUGACGACGACGAUGAUGACGACGAUGAUGAUGACGACGAUGAUGAUGACGACGAUGAUGACGAUGACGAUGAUGAUGACGACGAUGAUGAUGAUGACGACGAUGAUGACGAUGAUGAUCAUGAAGAUGAUGAUGAGGAGGAGCAUGCUUAUCAAAAAGGCUCUCUGUGCUCAUUUUGUGAAUUCUGUGAGCACUGUGACAGCUGUGAUAAAUGUCCCUGUGAAGAAGGAGACAAGUCUGAACACUGUGAUGACUGCAAGAUGUGCACUUACUGCAAUGUGUGUCCUCUUUGUGAAACAGUUUGCAAGCCUGGGGGAUUUGUUGAUGAAGUAACUGGAUCAAUUUACAAGACUGUUGCUGAUGUCUUUGAUGAUGAUGAUGACAACUGAAUCCAAUCAUAUGUUGCCACCAUGUGGCCAAACUAACACAUUUCUCCUUCACUUUCUUCUUGACUACCCUACACAUUUGAAUAAUUAUAACUGAACAAAAACUGCAAGAGAAGCAUUUAUAUAAAUGUGUUUAAUGUUGUUAUCUGACAAGUUAUACAUUUAGAAUAUUACAGUUAAGUUUACACUGGAUUAUAUUCAAUAAAAAGGGAUAUAUAAUUCAGCGAUCAUUGAAUUGGAUUUUAAAACAUUGAAUGUAACCUACCUUUAUAUUUUGUCAGAUUACACCAACAAAUUUCAAUGUAUUUAAUUGGGAUUUACAUGAUGGACCAAUACAAAGAGAGACAUAAUUGUGAAGUGCAAGGCAAAUUAUGGUUUUCAAAAGUUUGAACAAAUAAAGAAAGGCACAUUUCCAUACAGCUCCAGCUACAGGUUUUUGGGAAUUUAUCUCCAGCAGUUUUAAACAUCUACAGACUAAAAUAUUUGCCCAUUCUUUUUUACAGAACAGCUCAAGGUCAGUCAGAUUGAAUGGAGAACAUGUAUGAACAUUGGGUUUCAGUGGUGCCGCUGAUUUUCAGUUGAACUUAGGUCUGGACUUUGACUAGGCCAUUCUUACACAUGGAUAUGCUUUGAUUUAAACCAUCUCAUUAUAUCUCUGGCUGUAUGUUUAGGGUGGCUGUCCUGCUGGAAGGUGAACCUCUAGUCUUUAGCAGGUUGUCUUCCAGAUAUUUUGUCCUGGAUUUAGCUCUAUCCAUCAACUUCACAUUAACUCUGACCUGCUUCUCUGUUCAUAUUGAACCAUGAUGCUGCCACCAUGAUGUGUAACCCUGGGGAUGGUGUGUUUAGGGUGCAAUUUCAUUUUCACCCACAUAUAGAAUUUUGCAAAUAGACCAAAAAGUUCAAUGUUGAUCUCGUCUGUCCACAUGUUUGCUCUGCUCUUAAAUGGGCUGUGGGAAACUUUUACCGCAAUCCCUUCUGGUUUUCUGUCAACAACACUUCAUAAAGGAAAGAUUUGUGGAACAUGACUAAUGGUUGGGGAGUCUUCCUCCUGAGCUGUGGAUCUCUGCAGCUCAUCCAGAGUUAACAGCGGCCUCUUGGUUGCUUCUCUGAUUAAUGCUCUUCUUGCCCUGCCUGUCAGUGUAAAACAGAAUAGGAUUGAACUGAAAUAUCUUUUAUAGUCCCUCAGUGGGGACAUUUCGGUGUACUAGCAGCAAGGUGAGAGGCAAAUGGAAGCAUGCAGAUCCACACAAAGGUAGAAUAUAAUCACAAAAAAUAAGAAAUAAAAGACUGUACAGUAAGGGCAAAUUUACAGCACAAGAUAAAAAGUGUAGGUGGACGUUCAUGUUUUGGUAGGUCUGCAGUUCGUCCAUCCUCUCUCCAUGUUCAGAUUAUGAUUGAAAAGAGCUCUGUGAGAUGUCCAAAGCUUGGGAUUAAGUUUUAGAACCUAACCCUGCUUUAAACUUCUCUACAACUUUAUCCCAGACCUGUCUGCUGUGUUCUCUCUAAUGUUCUCUAAAAAACCUUGGAGGUAUAAACAGGAUUUUAUUUGUAUAAGCAUUUGAAAAAAGUAUACCACUCUCCUUCAACAUUUCAAAUAUGCACUACUUUGUGGUGGUCUACCACAUAACUGCUCCCCAAAACUACACUUAAGUUUUUGGAUGUAAUGAGACAAAAUAUAGCAAAGUUCACAGGGAUUUAAAGAUUUUUAAUAGGCACUGCAAGCUGUAUUUGCACAUAUAUAUCUAUAUUAAUAGAUAUGCAGAUAUAUAUAUUUGUAUCCUUUCUGGGAUAUGGAACCAUAUCCCAGAAAGGAUACAAUAAUUUUGUACAACCUAAGUCUAACGCUUUUCUUAACCAUAAACAGUCCAUUUCCAACCCCAGCCAUAAGCAAACCUCGAUUGCACCCAACUUUUUUCAAUAAACCUGAAAUUAUGUUCCACAACAUCCGGACAACCAGUCUUGAUCAGGUUGCUUGAUUACACCAUGUAUGCAAUCCCUCACAAACACACACACACCAAAGAGCCACUUUACGGCCUACUAGUGCAAUCAAAACAACAAACAUGCCCUCAAAUACUGACACUGACUUUACACAACAUUUGUAAAGUGUUUAUAACACUGGUUUUGUAUUUGCACUGUCAAUCAGUAAAUUAAUAUCAACACUGGUUUGUCAGCAUUGCCUGAAGAACCCAGAGUAACCCAAAGAUGGAGAAUGGUUCUAAAUAAAUUAACUUUUUAUUACUCCCUGA